AUGUCACGAGAUAAGGAGUAUGAAAAUGGUGUGUCGAAGUUGGUUAAAUUAUCACCCAAGUUGCUGGAGGGAGUUGAUAACGUGGAAAAUAUUUGGGAGACGAUGAGGGAGAGAUUUCCCCAGACUGCAUCUCUGCUUUGUGAUAUGGAGAGGGUUAUGAAGCGGGCCGAGCAUGCACUGAGGUAUCGGGAGAUCGAGGCACAAAUCUCGAUGACAGACAGCGAAUCCGAGUCCUCCGACAAACUCGACAGUCCCGAUAAUGACUUCGAAAGUUUGAACGAGUGGUCCCAAGUAGUGAACGAUUCCUUCCCCGAGGACUCUGAUUUAACCCCAUCCCCCCACCCCACGGAGACCGUCGACCCCGCAGGAACUGUAAAUGACCUCGAGGCAAGCGACGAACUCAUUGAACUAAACAAACUCUCGAUUAUCCAAAAGUUCGACGUACCCCGUGAAAUCUACAAUCGCACAAUCUCCACAAUAAGCUGUAUAAAAUUAAUCGAGAAUAAAGUCCCGGUGCUGGAGCCAUCGAUAACCACGAAGGAAGCUGUGUUGGCUCCUGUUCAGCCUCGGAUAUCCUCGUACGAAGAUAAACCGAGAAAAAAUGAUAAUGAUAGGUCUCCUCUCCCCUCGCGAGCCCUCUCGCCCCACAAGAAACGGCCCUCCAACUUGUCACCGUUGAGAAGCGUAUCUCUGGACAUUGAUAAACCCUCGCACAUUCCCGUCAGAAGUCCCAGGCAACCGGUAUCCCCAAGGGGGAAAGACACGAGUCCAAAGAAACCCAGGUCCCCCAACGCAAAAUCCAAACUCCCAACGUCGCCCCCACCCUUCAACAAGUUCGCCAGUAAUAAUUCAUGCAAUCGAAUAUUCCAGAAAAGUGCCACCAGGGCCCCAUUUUAA